CGGGAUGUCUGUGGUUGGCAUUGACCUCGGCUUUCUCAACUGCUACAUCGCUGUAGCAAGGAGUGGCGGCAUCGAGACCAUCGCCAAUGAGUACAGCGACAGGUGUACCCCGGCCUGUAUAUCUUUGGGAUCGAGAACUCGAGCCAUUGGAAAUGCAGCUAAGAGCCAGAUAGUCACAAAUGUAAGAAAUACAAUUCAUGGCUUCAAAAAGCUUCAUGGGCGAUCAUUUGAUGAUCCCAUUGUGCAAACUGAAAGGAUCAGGCUUCCUUAUGAGCUGCAGAAGAUGCCUAAUGGAAGUGCAGGAGUUAAGGUGCGGUACCUAGAAGAAGAGAGACCUUUUGCAAUUGAGCAAGUUACUGGAAUGCUGUUGGCCAAACUUAAAGAGACUUCAGAAAAUGCUUUGAAGAAACCAGUGGCUGACUGUGUGAUUUCAAUUCCUAGCUUUUUCACUGAUGCUGAGAGAAGAUCUGUGAUGGCUGCAGCCCAGGUUGCAGGUUUAAAUUGUUUAAGGUUGAUGAAUGAAACUACAGCAGUGGCACUAGCAUAUGGAAUUUAUAAACAGGAUCUUCCCCCAUUAGAUGAGAAACCAAGAAAUGUAAUAUUUAUUGAUAUGGGACAUUCUGCCUACCAGGUCUCGGUUUGUGCUUUUAACAAAGGAAAACUUAAAGUCUUGGCUACCACUUUUGAUCCAUAUUUGGGUGGCAGGAACUUUGAUGAGGCUUUAGUAGACUACUUCUGUGAGGAGUUCAAGACCAAAUAUAAGAUAAAUGUGAAAGAAAAUUCUCGGGCCUUAUUGCGCUUAUAUCAGGAAUGUGAAAAACUGAAGAAGCUAAUGAGUGCAAAUGCAUCAGAUCUUCCACUGAACAUUGAGUGUUUCAUGAAUGACCUUGAUGUUUCUAGUAAAAUGAACAGGGCUCAGUUUGAACAAUUAUGUGCUUCCCUCUUCACCAGGGUUGAGCCACCAUUAAAAGCAGUAAUGGAACAAGCUAACUUGCAACGUGAGGACAUAAGUAGUAUAGAAAUUGUAGGGGGAGCAACACGAAUUCCUGCCGUGAAAGAACAAAUCACUAAGUUCUUUCUUAAAGACAUAAGUACCACGUUAAAUGCUGAUGAAGCUGUUGCCAGAGGAUGUGCAUUACAGUGUGCGAUUCUCUCACCAGCAUUUAAAGUGCGUGAAUUUUCUAUAACAGACCUUGUUCCCUAUUCAAUCACAUUAAGAUGGAAGACCUCUUUUGAAGAUGGAACUGGGGAAUGUGAAGUAUUUUGUAAGAACCAUCCUGCUCCAUUCUCAAAAGUCAUUACUUUCCACAAGAAGGAACCAUUUGAACUAGAAGCAUUUUAUACUAAUUUACAUGAAGUGCCUUAUCCUGAUCCAAGAAUUGGGAACUUCACUAUUCAGAAUGUCUUUCCGCAGUCUGAUGGUGAUAGUUCCAAAGUGAAGGUUAAAGUUCGUGUUAACAUCCAUGGAAUCUUCAGUGUGGCCAGUGCAUCAGUAAUUGAGAAGCAAAAUGUAGACGGGGAUCACAGUGAUGCUCCUAUGGAGACAGAAACUUCAUUUAAGAAUGAAAGCAAAGAUGAUGUGGAUAAAAUGCAAGUUGACCAAGAAGAAGGAGGGCAUCAAAAAUGUCAUGCUGAACACACCCCAGAAGAGGAAAUUGAUCAUACAGGAACCAAAACAAAGUCAGCUUCCUCAGACAAACAAGACCGAUUAAACCAGACCAUUAAAAAAGGAAAAGUCAAGAGUAUUGAUCUGCCUAUUCAGAGUAGCCUGUGUAGACAAUUGGGCCAAGAUCUUCUCAACAGCUACAUUGAAAAUGAGGGGAAGAUGAUAAUGCAAGAUAAAUUAGAGAAAGAAAGAAAUGAUGCUAAGAAUGCUGUUGAAGAAUAUGUAUAUGAUUUUAGAGACAAGCUGGGCACAGUCUAUGAAAAAUUCAUCACUCAAGAAGACUUGAAUAAACUGUCUACAAUAUUGGAAGAUACAGAAAAUUGGCUUUAUGAAGAAGGAGAGGACCAACCCAAACAAAUUUAUGUGGAUAAGCUUCAAGAACUAAAGAAAUAUGGCCAGCCUAUUCAGAUGAGGUACAUGGAACAUGAAGAGAGACCAAAAGCUUUAAACGACUUGGGAAAAAAGAUUCAACUUGUCAUGAAAGUGAUAGAAGCAUACAGAAACAAGGAUGAAAGAUAUGAUCAUUUAGAUCCAGCUGAAGUGGAAAAAGUUGAAAAAUAUAUCAGUGAAGCCAUGAAUUGGCUGAACAGUAAGAUGAAUGCACAGAACAAACUAAGUCUCACUCAAGAUCCUGUGGUGAAAGUCUCUGAAAUAGUUGCAAAGUCAAAGGAACUGGAUAAUUUUUGUAACCCCAUCAUUUACAAGCCCAAACCAAAAGUAGAGGUUGCUGAAGACAAAACAAAAGCUAACAGUGAACACAAUGGACCAACGGAUGGACAGAGUGGGACUGAAACUAAACCAGAUAUGACAAAAGACAGCUCCCAGCAUCCUAAAUCUUCUGGAGAGAUGGAAGUGGACUAA